AUGGCAGCCGUACAAUUGAACUUUACACUCAGGACGUCGUCUAAUUGCAAGACGGUGCAUCUCAUCGGAUCAUGGGAUAGCUACAAGAGUCAGCUUCCACUAUCCAAGGACUCGGCAAAACAGGGUGGUUGGAAAGGCACUUUUAGAUUCCAAGGGUCGACUUUGAAGCCUGGGUCGAGAUAUUGGUACUAUUACAUCAUCGACGGCUACCACGUCUCCCACGACCCAGCCCGCGAAUCCACCACCGAACCAACCACAGGCCGCAAACUCAACAUUCUCGAUAUACCGCAAGCGAAGUCCUCUGCACCCUCAGCUCCAGCACCGUCCUCACGCUCCAGUCACGGGCACAGCAAACACUCCCGCCGCACCAGCGAACACAUUCCCAAAGGUCGCUCGUUGUCCCCCUCAAAGAUCGAAUGUCCACGUCCAAACCGCCCUCAUGAGACCCGCACGAUAACUCGCGAACAAUACAAUGCAUCCUCUGUUGACCGCCUCACCACUCGUCUGAAAACGACUCGUAUCGAAUCUGACUCGGACAGCGACAGCGAUUCCGACGUUCCAUCCUUGACUUCCUCUCGCAGUUCUCGCAGCAGUGGAUCCUCCUCGCCGUCGUCUGCGACUUCAUCGUCAAGGUCGUCGUCAACCAGUUGUUGCACUUGCAAUCGCUUUGGCAUUACGCGGUCGGGUGCGAGAGUCAAGCUUGAUUGUGGAGGCAAGGUUUGUGGUGAUGAGGGCAGUGAGUGUUCGUCUGAAAGCGAGGAGGACGAGAAAGCCUAUCGAGCUAGGACGACAAGACGACAAGGAAUGAUUGUGCGACGUUGA